UCCAACGCGCUUUUUUAAUCAGCAAAUUCCUCGUGAUCCUCUUUCGUUUUUACACUCUUCUUCUUCAUCUCUCUCAUGGCUUCGGAGCAGUACGGUGCCGUUUUUGAGGAAUCUCAGGACGACGACGAGGAACCCUCCUCCUCCGGAAACGACGGCGUCCUCAACGGCAACGAAGAAGAGGACGAAGAGUUGUUAGAGGAAGAAGAGGAUUUUAAUUCUUCCUCCUUACUACCUCAGCCGAUUGCCGCCAUCGUUUCCUCUGCAUCAAUCCACGCCGUUCCACUUGCCGUGCCUACCUCUACCGUCGUAACCGUCGCUGCCGUCCCAGUCGUCGAAUCGACUCCCGAUUUCAAACGACAACGGAUUGAUUCCGUCGUCUUCGAGAAAAAACCUACUCCGCCGCAACCUUUCGAUGAAUCGCGACGGUUGUUUCAACGUUUAUGGACUGAUGAAGAUGAGAUCGAGCUUCUCCAAGGGUUUCUGGAUUAUACAACUUCGAAGACUAACCCGAAUUCUUCUCACCAUCAUCAUCACGAUACUGCAUUGUUUUACGACCUAAUCAAAUCAAAGCUUCAGCUGGAUUUCAACAAGAAUCAAUUAGUGGAGAAGCUUAGAAGAUUGAAGAAGAAAUAUAGGAACGCGAUGAAUAAGAUUAAUUCAGGUAAAGAGUUUUCCUUCAAAAGCCCUCAUGAUCAAGCUACUUUUGAGAUUUCUAGGAAGAUCUGGAGUAAUAGUGUUGGCAAAGUAGAAGAUAACGUUUUAGAUUAUGAUGAAAAUAAUACUAAUAAUAGUGUUACUAACAUCAAUUUACUUGAUGAAAGUGGAGAGAAAAAGAAUUUCACUCCAAAAUCCCCAGCCACCAAAAAAAGGUCAAGAAAUAAAGGAGGGAAAAUGGAGGAGGGGGGUGUUUUAAACGAUGGGUUUCUGAUUUCUAACAAUAAGUUUAAUAACAAGAGUGAUCAUGAUCACAUUAAUGUCGAGGGAUUUGGUGGUGGCACUGGUGUUGUUGGUGGCGGUGGUAGUGGUGGUGGAGGGGGAGGAGAAAGAGGAAAAGUGGCGACGGUAAUAGAGGAGACGGUGAAGAGUUGUUUAACACCCAUGUUUAAGGAGUUGUUGGGUAGUUUAAUGGGGGGAGUAGGAGGAAGUGGAGGAAGAGGGAUUAGUGGAUUGGCCAUGAAUGCUAUGCCAUUGAAUUUUGGCAAUUUCGGGGCCGUUGGUGUGGGAAAUGGGGAGUUAAUUGAUGAGAGGUGGAGAAAGCAGCGAGUAUUGGAGUUGGAAGUUUAUUCUAAGAGGUUGGAGUUGGUGCAGGAACAGAUUAAGGCAGCCUUAGAGGAGCUUCGGUCCAUGGGAGGGUGAUUUCUGAAUACUGGUACUUACGAGUUAUUUCCAUGAAAGAUUUCUUGGUCAUUGAUGGAUAGCUGAUAGUGUAGCGAGGGUAACUGGUUUUCUUAUUUCGUUUUUGUUUAUUUGAUAGAAAUGAUCAAUGAUUGGAAUAAUAAUUUAUAAUCAUUUAGUCUUUGAAUCAAUAGUUUGUUCUAGUUAUUCU